CAGACGCGCGUAGUCUCUGGCCGCAGGCACUGUUGCUCAGUCUUCGCUCCGACUUCUUCGCGAUGUGGCGAAACGGCCGCGGAUUAGAACCAGCACCUAAAAAGUAACGUGUCAGGGCUAAGCAGAGAUUCGACACCUGGGCCAUUGGGGCACAUCCAGCCGGCAGAGAGCCAGCGAAGAGCUGCCAUGUGCUGGUGCGCACGUGUCUACUGGACGGUUCUGCAUAAUCUGUUCGCGCGCUUCUACAACAGCCUGACGGAGCGCGGCUAUCGGCAGGGCUGCUGCGUCUGCUGCUGCGGCGGCUACAGUCGCCAGGCCGUCGACGACGACGGUGACGUUGACGCUGACGCCGACUGCGACGCGGCCAAACGAGUUUCAGAACCGAUCGUUGAUGACGAUCAGCAGCGAUCCGCACCACACGAUUAUGUCAUUGUGGACGAUGCUGAUGCCAACUAUGUGGAGAUCGAGCAGCGGCAAAUCGAGACGGAGCCAUACUACUUCACCGUGGAUCGGGACAUGGCGGAGCACAUGCUCUGUGGACGUGAGGAUGGCGCCUGUUUGGUGCGUCCCUUCAAGGCGACGGAUGUGUGCAUCAAAUACAUUGUGAGCAUCUGUGCGGAUCGGCAGUUCUAUCACCUGUUUGUGCGCCAAAUCGAUGGACGACAACGCUUCGCCAUUGGCCAGUUGAAGCCGCACGAGCGGCAUUUCGCCUCGCCCUGCGAGAUCAUCGAAUUCUACGUGGAACACGCGCUCCUCUGCACCAACAAGCAGCGCAGCCAGAGCGUUCGCCUGAGGCCCAUCAGCUGUGCCUAGGCUGGCAGGACAUAUGCAUGCAUAUAGACAUGAUUAGAGUUUAGGUUAUCGUUUAUUGGGUUUAUG